AUGUCGUCCCUGUACACCAGGAGUAAGGAAUAUACUCGGAGCAGGAAGGCUCAGUCAGACUCUCCCCCAUCCUCUCCUUCCCCGAUCGCAAAGACACUCAGACAUGAAAGGCUUUCCAGGUUGGAAGCAGCCACGACCCCCAGCACCAGUGACUACAGUGACCGUGCCUCCAGCCGCUCCAGUGCCUACAGCCGGCGGGAGAACCGGCUGGCUGCCCUCAGCAGCAGGGCAGAGGAGGAGAGCAACAGGGACUACAAAAAAUUGUACGAGAGUGCCCUGUCUGAAAAUCAGAAGCUGAAGUCCAAGCUGCAGGAAGCCCAACUGGAGCUGGCUGACAUCAAAGCAAAGUUGGAAAAAGCAGCCCAGAAGCAGGAGAAAAGCUCUGACCGGUCCAGCAUGCUGGAGAUGGAGAAGAGGGAGAAGCGAGCCCUGGAGCGGAAACUCUCUGAGAUGGAAGAGGAGAUGAAGAUUUUGACAGAGCUGAAGUCAGACAACCAAAGGCUGAAGGACGAGAACGGAGCCCUCAUUCGUGUCAUCAGCAAACUCUCCAAAUAG